AUGAAUGAAGAAAAGGAAAACUCUAUAUAUAAUGUCAAUGAGGUUGGGCCAAAUGACACACCCAGCAAUGAAGUCACUGCUGAAGAAAAGAGGUUCAUCCGAAAAAUGGAUUUCCUAUUAAUACCAAUGUUUGGUUCAAUGUAUUUUUUUUCAUAUUUGGAUAGAUCAAAUAUAGGGAAUGCUAAACUUGCGGGUAUGAUGGAAGAUAUAAAUUUGACAGAUAGUCAGUUUUCAACUGCCAGUUCAGUUUUGUAUGCAACUUAUAUUACUGUACAAAUUCCGGGAGUCUUGUUAUUUAGGAUGUUCAAAGCUAAUCACUAUUUGGCUGGUAUGAUGUCAGCUUGGGCACUAGUUACUAUAUUUAGUGUUUUUGUUAACAGUUAUGGCUCCUUAAUUGCAACUCGAGUCUUAAUUGGCGUUUUUGAAGGGUCUUUUUAUUCAUGUUUGUCAGUCUAUAUAUCAAACACGUAUCAACCAAAUGAAAUGGGUAGAAGAUUUGCAUACCUUUUCAUUUUUUCUGCAUUUUCAUCUGCAUUUGGUGGGUUAAUUGCAACUGGAAUAACUGAAAUUAAGACAGGUCCCCUUCCUAGAUGGAAAUAUCUUUACUUAAUUGAAGGAUUAUUAACUAUGGUUGCAGUAUGUUUCGUUUUCUUUUUUUUGCCAAGCGAACCACGAUAUCUUGCAAAGAAUAAGGAACAACGUGAAAUUUGGGAUAUAAGAGAAAAAAGAAGAGCAUUAUUUUUAGGGUCUGGUGAUUUUGAUAAGAGCCAAGUGAAAGAAGCCUUUAAGGAUUCUAAGCUUUAUUUUUCAAUUAUUAUUCAAUUCUGUCAGGACAUUUGCAUGUAUGGAUUUACUACGUUCUUACCUUCAAUAUUAUAUGGAAUUGGUUUUAACGAUUUAGAAGCUCAAUACUUGACAAUUCCAGUUUAUAUUUUAGCUGGGGGAAUUUUCCUAACGGUAGCAACCUUGUCUGAUCGGUGGAAAAUUCGUGGACCAAUAAUAAUAUUCAUGAAUCUAAUAAGUAUAUCUGGAUAUAUUAUCUUGUUAGCGGUGCAUAACAAUUCUGUUAAAUAUUUUGCCUGCUAUCUCAUUACAUUUGCGUUAUACCUGAAUGUAGGUCUUAAUGAAACAUGGCUAGCUGGAAAUUCUGCUCCUAUUGAUAAGAGGUCUACAUCUAUUGCAGCUAAUCAAACGUUUGGUAAUGUUGCUGGCAUCAUUGCCCCAUUAGUUUACAGGUCCUCCCCAUAUAUUUUGGGCCAUACAUUUACUAUUGCUUGCUUGGUGGUUUCUUGUAUAACAGCUGGAAUUCAAUCAUACAUAUUCUACAGAAUAAAUCGAGACAGGCUGUUGCUUAUAAUCGACGAAGAAGAAAAAGAAGAACAUUGUAUUGGAGAUAAAUCUAUUCAUUUCCAGUAUAUGAUCUAG